AGUCCCUCGCGCGGUUUUCCGAUCAGCGACGCCGCCGCCGCCGCCGCCGCGUAAUUCCAUUUCGUUCGAUUUCCUCGAGCGUGAAAGCCCUUUUACCGGUGUCGCGCGCCUCGGAAAACACGGGGGCGGAAGGAAAGCGCGUCUCGCGCGUUUAAAUCCGAGCGGAACCGGCGGCCGACGCCUCUGCCGAGCCAAACAGGGUCAGGCGAACGGUUCCGCGCGUGGCUCGGGAUGAUGUAAUUGCGCGUUCGCGGAAAAACCACGGCCGCGACCGUUCCCGAGCGUCGUUUUCCGGGGCGGGCGCGAUCCCCUCGCGAAAUCCGGUUUAUAAAUAGACUGGAUCGCGUCGGCCGUCCAUCGGGGGAGGAGUAAUUAGAUCGAUCCUCCGUUUAACGGUGCAUCGCCGUCCCUCGUUCGAGCGAGUCGCGUUAAUCGAGCCCGGGUCGUCUUACCGAACCCGCCCACGCGGAUCGAUCGUUCCGGGAAACCCGGAGGAAGCGCUCCGAUCGUCCGCGUCGAAUCGCGAGGGAACCAGAUGUCGAACGCGCCGGACCGUCCAGUGACCGAUCAGCUGUUCCGCGGCUAGAACUGUGCGAGAUCUCUGGAGCAGAUGGAGCGGUCGCCGAGCGACGGUCGCGCGAAGAGGCUGUCCACGAUCUCCGAGUACUCCGAGCCACCGAUCGACGCCGACAAUACCGAUCCCUCGCAGCGCCGCGGGCAGGAACUCGCGACUCCCGUCGACCGCUCCGCGAGACGGCUCGAGGAGGAGGCGGCGCCGGUCGAGUACUUCCUCGUCGACGACUCGCCGAUGGCGAAGUUCACCCGGAGCGUCAAAUGGAUCUACAAGAAAUUACCAGUGGGCGGGGGUGGUGCUGUGCUGGUGCUCAGCGAGCUUGAAAGCAUGGCGGCCAGGCAACAGCGGGAAAUUGCCCAGCAGAGACGCCUCCUGGAGCAGAGAGAGGACCGUCUAGCCGUGCUUCGAGGCGCACAGGAGCCAGCACAGCAGGACAAGCUCGCCAGAUUGAGGCACAGUCUGGACCAACAACAGAGCAAGCUGAAUCGGCUGCGAUUGCUCAGAUCGCAGACCGACCAGUCGCGUGCCAACAACGCCACGCUGACCUCGGAUCUGGACUGCAUAAGAGCGUUGUUCAACGAGAAGGAGAAGGAGCUCUCGUUAGCGGUGGCGAAGGUCGACGAGUUGACACGGCAACUGGAGGAGCUGCGGGGCCGACAGAACGCUGCGGGCACCGGGGCCGGAAGCGGUGGCCCUGGAGGCGUCGGCGGCGGCGGCGUCGGCGGUCCCGGCAGCGGACAUCUCUCGACACCGGCCAGCGCCGAGCUGGAAAAGCUCAGGAGGGAGCUUAUGUACCGUAACAAGAUGAACGAGCAGCAGAACCAAGUGGUGUCGCAGCAACGGUUGGCCCUGGCGCAGCGACAAGCGGAAAUGGCGUCGAUCGACGCGAGGAUAGCGCAGCUCCAGGGUCGUCUUCAGCGCAAGAGAGCCCUGAACCAGCGGCUCAGCCAGCAGCUCGGCUCCGGGAACCGUGGGAACGCCAACACCGGCUUCACGGAGUCGAAGCUCGACUUCAACUCCGGCGGGAAGUCGAGACCCGCCGGCAACAUAGCCGCGAUCGAGCCCUACUCCCACAUACCGAACGACAACGACUUCAACUUGAACAAGAACGACCCGAAGUACCAGACGCUGCCGUACAACACCAAGUUCACGGUGAACUUCAAGGCCGCCGAGGAUGACGUCAACAAGAACAAGAUCCAGCACUCGGCCAGCGCUUCCCAGCUGGGCCAGAGGGUCACCUUCCAGCAGUUCGGCCACCAGAUCGCCCACAGCCAGUCGCAGUCCCAUACCCAAGGUCAAUCGCAGCUCCUAGGCACGAACCAACAGCACAAUCAAAACAUCGGUAGUCAGUCGGUGAACCUUCAGCAAACUUGCAAUAAUAAUAAGAACAACAAUAACAACAACAACAAUAACAACAACAACAACAACAACAACAACACGAACAGCACCAACAACAAUCUGAUCGUCUCUGGACACAACUUCAGCCCGGACGGUUUGUCGCAGAAUCUUCGAGUCCACCAUCAACAGCAACCUCAAACCCAGCAGCAGCAGCAGCAGCAGCAGCAGCAGCAGCAGCAGCAACAGCAACAACAGCAUGGGAACGUUCAGCAGAAGCAGCACAGCAUCGGUUCGUCGACGUCCAGCUUGGGCACGACCGUGUCCAUCACGCAGACCCAGAACCAUCGGAACCUUCAGACUCAUCAGAAGCCGGUGUCCAGUGUAGCUCCGAGUUUCUCGGUCAAGUCGCAGAUCUAUCAGACCUCCUCGACGAAGAUCCAUCCGGUGAUGCCGCAGACGUUGAGCCUGAUAGGCCGCGGGCACGCGAACGCCCAGAACUUCGUCGGUCUGAGUAGCCAGAAUCCUGCUCAACAGCAGUCGGGUCAGUCGAUUCCCAGCAAUCAGCAAUCUUCCAACCAGGAUCAGCAAACGUACACUUCGAGGCACAACUACCCGGGCAUCCAGCAUUCCACUCAAGCCAACACCCACGUGUCCUCUUCCGUGGCCUAUCAGACGCAGAACUCGCCGAACCUGGCGUCGACCGUUCACACCUCGUCCACCGGGAUCAACUUCGGCAAUCCGGUGCAGAGGUACCAGGCCCAGACUCAGCCGUUGUCCAGCCCAGCGUCCGCGAGCGUCGAGCAGACCGACAAGAUGAAGUUCGAGGGCAAGAGCCAGGAGAAGUUCGAGCACUCGCUGCCGAACAAGCAGGAGCAGCAGAGGUACGAGCCCAAUCAGUUCAAGUACGACCCCCAUCAGAUGAAGUACGACCAGCAUCCGAAGUACGAGCACGGCAAGUACGAUCAGACCGGCCAGCCGACGAAGCUGUACGAUCAGUCGGGCAAACACGAGCCGCCGGCCGGUCAGACGACGGGCAAGUACGACAACGCGAAGCUGGACCAAGGAAAGUACGAGGCCGGACAGACGAAACACGAGCCGCAUCACGUGCUCAAGUACGAUCCCAAUCAGAAUACUCAGCAGUACGGCAAACACGAUCAGCACGAGGUCAGGCCGUCCGUAAAGUACGAGCUGAACACCGCGUUCAAGCACGACUCGUCGAGCAAGUACGAGCCGCCCGGGCAGCCGUUCAAGCAGCAGGAGCCGGGCAAGUUCGAGAACAAUCAGACCAAGUACGAGCAGGGCUCCGCGGCGAAGCACGAGCACAAUGGGAAGUUCGAGAUCCCCGCGAAAAUGGCGGAAAAGCCGCUCGAGUUCGAGAGGCUGAAGAACGAGAGCGAGAGGAAGAGUCUGGCGGAGAUACGGGGCGAGGACAAGACCAAGCCUGCUCUACCCCCGAAACCCAGCAAGCCUAAUCCUCCGCCGAGAUUGACACACCACGAGAAGGUGGAUACCUCCGCGGACGGGAUCGCCGAUUGCAAGAACAGUAUGGGAAUCGGUCCAAGGACGGAGAAGGAGGAAGACGUGCCACCGAUCCCGACGUCGGAGCCCCCGGAAUCCCCAACGGAGACGCCGUUCGGCAACCACCAGAUCAUCAAAGCCAGACCGCUGACCCUGAAGAAAGCUCCGAUCUCCGAGCAGCCGAAACUCCGUUACGCCAAGUCGAAUGUCCACGUGUCGAUAAACCGGCGAAUCGAAAUGCCUCCAGCGUUCCUCUUCCCGGAGACCGAGAUCCCGGCGGAUCUGAUGCAAACCGAGCAACAACAGCAGCAGCAGCAGCAGCAGCAACAACAGCAACAACAACAGCAGCAGCAGCAACAACAGCAACAACAGCAGCAGCAGCAACAGCAACAACAACAGCAGCAGCAGCAACAACAACAACAGCCGCAACAGCAGCCGCAGAUAAUCGAUACAACGGACAAUUGCAAAAAGAGCAUCGUCGAGGACGUGAUCAGCAAUGAAAAGUUAGAGGAGUCGGACAUCAUCGACGCGCUGAACGUGAUCAACAUCGAGGACAAAGCGAAAGCGCAGAAGGAUUCGGAGAGAAGGACAGAGUUGGACGUGGACGGAAAGGGGAACGAGGUGAUGAGGAGGAAGAAGGGGAACCUGAAGUCCAGCACGGGGAAGGCGAACCUCUCGAGGCGAGUGUCCUUUGAUCCUCUGGCUCUCCUGCUGGAUGCCAGUCUCGAGGGUGAGCUCGAGUUAGUGAAGAAGACCGCUAAAGAGGUCGCUAAUCCCAGUUCGGCCAACGACGAGGGAAUCACCGCGCUACACAACGCCAUUUGCGCCGGUCACCUGGAGAUCGUCAAGUUCCUCGUCGAGUUCGGAUGCGACGUGAACGCCCAGGACAGCGACGGAUGGACGCCGCUUCACUGCGCCGCGAGCUGCAACAACCUGUCGAUGGUGAGAUUCUUGGUCGAGCACGGAGCCUGCAUCUUUGCCACCACCCUCUCCGACCACGAAACCGCCGCGGAAAAGUGCGAAGAGGACGAGGAAGGCUUCGACGGUUGCUCCGAAUACUUAUACAGUGUUCAAGAGAAGCUGGGCAUCAUGAACAACGGGCAAGUGUACGCGGUGUUCGACUACGAAGCGCAGCACAGCGACGAGCUGACCUUGAAGAACGGGGAUUCCCUGGUGGUGCUCCGGAAAGGCGACGACAACGAGAGGGAAUGGUGGUGGAGCAAGCUGGGCCACAAAGAAGGCUACGUGCCCCGAAAUUUACUCGGCUUGUAUCCGAGGGUGCAGCCGGCGAAGGUGGAUUGAAGAGGAGCGCGUCAGCUCGAAAUAAUCCGAUGAUUGAUCAUUACCACAGUAUUCGAUUCGCAGCUUUAUCUCGUUAAGUAUCAUAGUUGCAUCGUCGUCGCAUUACCAACGUUCUAUCUUUAUUUAAUCGCGUCCCAUUGUCAUCCGAAACGAAACGAAACGAAACGAAACGAAACGAACCGAGCGGGACGAGAUACGCUCCUCCUCGACGUGUAGGUUUCAUUUCUUUUUUAUGUUUUGUAAGACAAAACCGGUUAACUGCUAAUGAGCCCGGAGCAUGGGGUUAUCGUAAGUUAUUCUCGUUGAAACGCAUGCGUUAGGGCGUCGACCAAUAAAAAUUGUCGCGGUGUUCAGCGACGAGGAACAGCGACGAGAGCCAGCUGAACGUUUCAAAGGAUCAAAGAAAAAUUACGAUUAAAUACGAUGUAACCGAAAGCUUAGGAAAUUACGAAUUAAUGUUCGCGCGCUCGCACACCACACACACGUCCACACACCACACACACGCCCACACAUCAUAUACACACACACACACACACGCGCGGUUCGUGUUAAAAGUAUUCGCGCUCGGUGUUCCGAAGAGGAUCAAGCCAAUUCCGUGUCCGUCGAAGGAAAGGUAAGAUGCAGCUCGUAAACGUAUCGCGAGAAUCGUUCGUGUCCCGCGCGUUAGUCAGUUCCUUUGACGAAACAGUACAAAAAGAAAGAAACUCGAGUUUUCCCCCAUCCCUCGGUCCUUGGGAAUUUCGGUUGUUGGGUCGGCGACUCGUGCAGCUCGCGAUCGAAGCGUUCACGUUUAAUAUCCAUGAUUUCAGCGUCACGUCGCACCGGGCAACGAUCGCUUGAGAAGUUCCUCUCGCCGAUCAUCACCGCCGAUGAUCGGCUCCGCCGACUGCACGGGCAUCACCGUCAAAUAAAUCGUGAGAGAAGAGUAUCGUUUGAUCCUCGACGCUAUGAAUUUUCGUCGGUUCCAGGAGGAACUUUUCGAACGGUCCCUCGACGCCCCUAGCCUUUUUAUUUCACGCGUACUUAACGUUUGAUUUGUUUCACCUAAAUGAGCCCGUUUAGAUGAAGUCAGAUUAUUGUUGCGGAUUAUUGUUACGUUUGUUCGUCAGCAGCGAAAUUUUCCAAAUCCGACCGAGAUGAUAUCGGAUUUCGAAAAUGUUCCUAACGAUCGAUAAUGUAAUCUCGCCGAUCGGACGGCUGUAGACGGUCCGGGAGCGAACGGAGAGGAUACGCGCGCGCGAUUCGCGGUUCGCGAACACGGGAUCCCUCGGGGGUGUCCCGUUAACGAAUCGACACGACACGCGACUAGAAUUGUAUAAUUGAUAAUUAUCAGCCAGGCCAGAUUCGAAUGACUCGCGGUCAGACAGGUCCUGAGCGCAUCUUGUUGUACCGUUUAAGGAAUGUACAGGUGAAUGAAUGUAACCGCGCUCAGAACGUUUCUGACGUGUUUACCCGUAAAUAAAGUAUGUGCCUUUCAGAAGUAAUAAUGGAUAUAUUAUGUAAGAAUGCAUGAUAUAUUAUGACGAAUAAAUUGUUUUUAAUAGAAAAUCAUUACAAAAUAUCGUUUAUUGUUGUGGAAAAAUACAUACGAACAGAGUGAUACAUUGAUCGAUAAUCGAGGGUAAGUAAUCGCCCGGUUACUUUUUAGCAAAAAUACUUUCGAGGUACAAUAAUAUAUAAAAAAUAUACUAAAAAUCUCGUAUAAAUAUCCUAAAAUAGGAAAGAACACGUCCACCACGAACUACAUAAAAUAAGGCACUAACAGUUACGCGCGUCCAAAAUAAAUAACAUUUUACUGGGAGUACAUGGGAUGCUUUUCAAGCGAUGCAUCUUUGUCCAAUAAUGUUAAUCAAUAAUGUUAUAAAACGAGCUAAGCAUGAAAAUUAAAUACCCUUAUGUCUAAGUUAAUACCAUUCCAAAAAAAAUA